AUGGACCGUAGUAAUUUGGUAAACAAAGACAAGUACGUUUUGUCAGAUUCUUUUGAGAGCUCAACCAAAUAUGAACAACCAGUCCGCAAUGAUAAUGAUGCUCUAUUGAAACAAACUCUAUACUUUUAUUCAAAUUUGCCAAUUGAAAAGUAUUUAACGAUGAAUUAUGUGACGUAUUUCGACAGGGAGAUCUAUUUUUUAUUGGGCACCGAAAAUAAAACGUUUGAAAUAUCGAACAUAAACCCAAUAUUUGUUUCACACUACCCAACCGAUAUCAGUAUUGUUGAUCUCAAUAACGAUACCAAUUUAGAUUUGAUCGUGAUAGCUAAAUACACCAACGAAGUUUAUCUAUACUUCGGCGAUGAAAACAGAACCUACUCAACACUAUCAACAUUAUUCAUAGAAUAUACUAGCGAUCCGCAACAAUUGGCUAUCGCUGAUUAUAACAAUGAUAGCUAUUUGGAUAUUGCUGUGUUCAAUCGUCGUUCUCUUCAUAUUCAUGUAUUCUUCCAGAACACGAACGGAAGUUUCCAAUCUCCCAAAUGGCUUUACACUUCGUUUGAUACUUCUCAAGUACAAAUGAUAGCUGCUGAUUUCGAUCAUGAUCAUCAAUCCGAUAUCGUCUUCUUACACAGUUGGAAAAAUACUGUUUCCAUGCGCUAUCGGUACCAGAAUGAGACUUUUCAUAGUAAUCAACAGAUAACUAUGCCGUCUUUUACAUCAUUGAGUACAGUAUCUCUAAGCCAUUUGAAUGAUGAUAAGUAUUUGGAUAUCGUUGUUGGUUCCGUUUCAUCCAAUGUAAUCUAUGGUCUCCUAGGAGAUGAGAACGGACAGUUUCAGACGCAAAUCAUUUAUUCGAGCACGGUCAAUAAUUCUUUCGACAAUAUCAACGAUUUCGAUCGUGAUAAUUGCCAAAAAGUACUUAACAUAGAACUUGUCAAUGAUGUUCUACAUGUUCUAAUCAAUCCGUGUCAAUGUCGUACACAUUAA